AUGGCAGAAAAAGAUAAUACGAAAGUUAAGGACAGAGAGUUUAUCGAAAAUAGUUCAACCAUUGAAGCUGAUCAAGUUCAAACUACAUCCUAUGCAGUUCCGAAGACAAAAGAUAAAAAAUUAAAGAGGAAAUCUGAAUAUGAACUUAUGCAACUUGCAGUUAACUGUCUUAGACAGAAGCCAGACGAAUAUGAAAACUGGGCUGCGUCUUGUGCUGCAGAUUUAAAGAAAAUGGAACCAACACAACAAAUCUUUGCUAAGAGCGCUAUUGCUGCCAUUAUCAUGGAAGGACAAUUAGGUCUUUUACAUCGCAAUUCGGUUGAAAUAAAUACUCCAACAGUAACAAUAACUCCAUCUCCGACAUAUACCAGAUCCACGCCAACUCCAACAAAUUACAACAGCACGCCAUCGCCUCGCUAUUCUGAACUUCCACCUGAGGAGCUGCCACAUUACCAACAGAACAUGGACAAUUCGCAACAGGAAAAUGAUGCUAAUGACAUAGCAACGCCAAAAAUCGUAGUGCGAGAGUGUGACCCACUUAAAAAUAAAAUAUCUGUGAAACGGCCACCUAAGACAUCAACAGAACGUUCACGUGAAUCUAGAGAGCGGAAAAGGGCUUUAAAAAAGUCGUACAUCAUUUCAAAACCUAAACCAAAAACUCCAGCAGAGCGCAGUCGUGACUACAGAGCUCGAAAAAGGGCUCGAAAAAAUGAAGACAAUCACCAGUCAAAUGACUUGACGCGAAUAACUGUGGAAGUUGAAGUAGAUCAAGAACAAGAAAAUUCUCAAGUCGAAGACUUCCACUUUACCAAUGAGAAAAAUAAAAACUUCAACAGAACGUUGUCGUGA